AAUUAAUUUCUAAUCUGUCAUCUGCUGUCAUGAUCAGAACCAAAUUAUGAUAACAUAACAUUUAGUAAAUUCUGUUUAUUUUCAUCAUUUAUCAGCAAGCAGUAAAAACUAAGGUUUUACAAUGUUUCGAAGACUUUUUGAUCUGAUCAAACUGUUGUUUGCAUUGUUUAGUUUUGUUUCUGUGUUUUACAUCAUUUUAGAAUUCGCUUACUUUAUUUCAUAUUCAAAGCCUGUAGUUCGAGGCAAAGAUGAUCCCUGGAUCAAUUUAUUCGGUGCCUUAUUCACCGAUAUGCUCCUUUUGUCGUUGUUUGUACUACAACACUCUGCAAUGGCUUCGCGAACUUUCAGAAGGGCUGUGCACACAUUGGGGCUCUAUGAUAUUACAAGAAGUAUUUACAUUACGGCAACUGCCGCCGUUCUUUGGACCGUCAUAAAGUACUGGCAACCAACAUCCCAUCACAUCUUAUGGAAUAUCAACCCCAGUAACAAGCAAUUGAGAUAUGCUUUCACUGGAAUCCAUGUUAUAGCGUGGAUUAUUAUUUAUGUAGCCAACAUAUGCACGGAUGUGCCCGAAUUACUUGGUUUAAAACAGGUCUACUAUAAGCUGAUGAAUCUACCUGAACCAAUCAUGAUGAAAUCAUAUCGUCUGCAAAAGCUAACCGCCCAUAUGAGACAUCCAAGUUUUCUUGGCUUUUUAUUAGUGUUCUGGUUAUCACCAGUAAUGACCAUAGAUAGAGUUUUACUCGCAACAAUCCUAACACUUUAUAUGUACAUGGCAUGGAAUACAGAUGUACAAGAUUACAACUAUCAGAAGUAUAUGUACCAAAAGAAGUACCAUGAAUUAAAAAGGCUUAAAGUCAAUUAGCGAGAAUGGAAUGUUUUAAAAGCGGAAUUGAUGGAUAAUACCACGGACAGUAGUUAUUUUAGUGAGUUCAAAGUACAAAACGUCGUAAUUUUAUUCAACGGUUGAUGCUUCUAAUUUAUUUUCAAGGGAAAAUUAAUAAUUUUCGUUUAUUGUUAAUUGUAAGGUCAACUUACUAACGUUUAUUAUAUUGGAUAAGUAUGGGCAAAAAUGACGGAGUAAUAAAAAGUAUUAACACCUAGAAUAUAAUGUGCAUGCUUAAAAAUUAAUUGUAAUUAUUUGAUUUGAUUUAUUGUUAUCCAACAAAAGCAACCCCCGAUUGUGAUUUUCAAAUCUUGUUUGUUAGGACCUAAUAACUGGAACUUUAAAUAUAAGGUUAAAUGUGGGAACAACUAUUCCACUCAAAUAACAAGAACGAAAUGAUUUCGUAAUACUUUAAUAGGAGAAAUAAAAUCAAAACUUGCUUAUUUUGUAUACAAAAGUAACAUUUCAAAUAUAUGUAUAACGAAAAA